AUGUCAACCUCCUCCUCCACCGCCGCCACCUCUGGGGGUAACAACAUGAUGUAUCGUUUCCUGGGUAACACGGGACUGCUGGUCUCGCAACUCUCGUUCGGCAGCUUCGUCACCUUCAACACGCAGUUGGAUUUCGAGAAAUCGUACUCCGUCAUGGAGCGGGCUUUCAAGCGAGGCGUCAACUUCUUCGACACGGCCGAGGCGUACGCUGGGGGACAUUCAGAGGAAUUCAUGGGGAAGAUCAUUGCAACGGGCGUUGAACGGGGCGUCUGGACUCGAGAGGAUCUGGUCGUGAGCACGAAAAUCUUCUUCGGCACCAAGCACGGCGGUGACCAGAAGGCCGGGCCCAAUGAGCAGGGGCUGAGUCGCAAGCAUGUCGUGGAAGGCACCAAGGCCUCGCUGAAGCGCCUGGGACUCGAAUACGUCGACACCAUUUUCUGCCACCGACCCGACCCGUGCACGCCAAUCGAGGAGACCGUGCGAGCAAUGAACUACGUGAUCAAGCGGGGGUGGGCGUUCUACUGGGGAACAAGCGAAUGGAGUGCGCACGAUGUCAUCGAGGCGUGCGAAAUCGCCGACCGUCUUGGCCUCGUUCGUCCGGCCUUCGAUCAACCGCAGUAUCACAUUCUGGAGCGCUCGCGUGUCGAGCUCGACUACGAAACAUACGGCUAUGGGCUUACGACGUGGUCCCCUCUCGCAUUCGGGGUCUUGACUGGCAAAUACAGCAAAGGAAUUCCCGAGGGCUCUCGCCUGUCGAUGUCAUCUUACAUGAACUACGUGGCCGACAGCUUCGAGGAGAGAGUCGCAAAGGCAGACAAGCUUGCCGCAAUCGCCCAAGAGAUCGGCUGCACACUCGCUCAACUCGCCAUCGCGUGGUGCGUCUCCAACGAGAGGGUUUCGACAGUCAUCCUGGGCGCCUCCAGCGUGGCGCAGCUCGACGAAAACCUGGACGCUCUCAACUUCGUUAACAAGCUGACGCCCGAGGUCCGAGCCAAGAUCGACGUGGUCGCCAAUGUGAGUCUCCGAAUCCCGCCUCCCGAGGCCAGAUUGCUCGCCAUGCGGACGCAGUGGCUGUAG